AUGGCACAUGCAGUUGCUAUUAACGGCUGGCGCAACAUUUGGUUAUUUAAGUCUCGGCGCGAUCGAGUUUGUGAUUUGCAACCUGCGGCUGCAAGGCCAGCUCUCUACCGUGUGGCUGCCCACCGGCUUUGCCUACUUCGCCAGUCUCGUAAGUCCUUCUCCUCACCACGCUUCAACACGUUCCCCCGACUCGCAUCUCCCCGUUUUCCACACUUCCCUCAAGGAUUUCCUCCCUUCUGUGCCACCACCUUCCUUUCCUCCUCUCCAUCCCUCGUCUGCCUCGGGCCUCGCUGCGCGGUGGGAUUAUUUAUCGGGAACCUGCUAUUUAAUCUCUGGUUCGCUACGGCGCAGCCCGACGCGCCGGCGUGGGGUUUAGUGACGGCGGGCGCGGUGCUGUCGCUCACCAACUCCAUGCAGGCCGUCGUCGCCGCGCAUUUCAUCCGCCAGCCCGCCGCUGCGCUCGCCGCCGCUGCUGCUGCGCUCCUUCCGCGCGCGUGCACGGCGGCGCCCGCCACAGAGCGCGGGGAUGGCGUGUUAGCGGCGGAGGACUGCGACUUGGAAGGCGGUAGCAGUCGGAUGGGGGGCGCGCGCGUAUGCUGCACCGGCAAGCAAGGCGCGGAGGACGCGGAGACGCGGAGCUGGGGGGACGAGGAGGGGGGCGCAUUUGGGGAGGCGGGUGGGGGGGAGGGAGAGGAAACGCGGGUGUACGAGGAGACGACGCCGCUGGAUAGCGCGCAGGACGUGGUGCAGAUGAUGGUGGUUACCACCGUCGCCGCGCUGAUCGCGAACGCCAUUCAGGCCAUCACCAUGGGGCUCUGCCAGCUGCUAUCCGCUGCUGACUCCGCCAGGACGUUCGUGAUCUGGUGGCUGGCGGACUUCGCGGGCGUCAUCUGCUUCCUGCCGCUGCUCACCUACUCGCUCUGGUCCGCGCGCCACUGGAUCGUGCGCCCCAUCCGCCAGCGCGGAUGGCGCUCAGGGUACGCUUGCACCUGCCUGCUGCCCCCUGCCCGCCCCCACCACUGCCGUCACGUCCUUGAGACACUGUCGCACGUCAUCCCGCCUGCUGCGCUCUGUAAUCUGCACUGUUCUUCUCGUUUCGCCGCUCCUCCCUCUGCAUCUCGCCAUGCCGCCACCCCCCCUCCCCGCACCUCAAAGCCGAGCGCUUUCUGCGCCGCGCGUGCUAGGAGUGGCUCGUCGCCCUGCCAUACCUCUUCUUCCCUCUCAUCAUGUGGUCCGCCGUGCGCUUCAAUCGCCUGUACGUACGCCACCCUCCACUCCUCCCCAACGUCCCCUCCAUGUGUCGUCCGUUGUCUCGCCAUGAUCGCCUGCCCUGUCAUGCAUGUUCCCCGUCCUCUUCUCACCACCCACCCCUUGCUCCCCUCCUGCCCUCUGUCGCCCAACAAUCCCUCCAACUCUCCCUCCCUCCCCCCACCCCCCCUCCCCCGUUACCCUCCUCUCCCCUUGCACGCGCACGUACGGAGCAGCUUCCUGGCGUGUGUGGUGUUUGUGGUGGCGGCGCUGACGAGCUUCGCGACGGCGCGUGGGUGGGGCCCGCUGCAGCGGUCCACGGCCAUGGCGUCGGAGCUGCAGGCGCAGGGGUUUGUGUGCGUGCUGUCCGUGGUGGGCGUGGUGCUGGGCGCCGUGGUGCGCGACACACGGCGCCUGCGGCGGCAGCUGAGGGCCAUGAACGCCACGCUCGAGAAGCAAGUGCUGCACCGCACCCUGCAGCUCACUCUCACCAACCAGGCACGCAGCAGCAUUGCGUGGUUCCAUAUUCCAUGCCGGGAGGGUGCGCAAUGCAUCCCUGGUAGUCCCCUGCCAUGCAUCAUGCGCGCCCUUGCUAUGCCCACCUGUGCUCCUCUCUCCGCCACGUGGCAGGAAUUGGAGGCUUCCAAGAAAGCAGCAGAAGCGGCUAAUCAAGCAAAGACGGAGUUCCUGGCGAACAUGAGCCAUGAGAUCCGCACGCCCAUCCACGGCAUCAUGGGCAUGACACGAGUGGCCGCGGACACGCUCGCCUCGCUGCAAGCGCUGCUCGUCCCACGCGCAUGCGCGGGUAAACCCCACAGGGGCGCGCAUGCCACACCCGCCAAGGGGAAGCACUCUCACAAAGGGGACGGCGCAGGCAAUUGGGGGCGCAUGGGAGGGGCAGGAGGCGGGGUGGGGGUGGAGUGGGAGGAGGCGCAGCGGCUGGUGGGGGACGUGAGUUCGCACUUGGACACGGUGUUUGAGUCCGCGAGUGCACUGCUGCACAUAGUCAACACCGUGCUCGACGUCGCCAAGAUCGAGGCCGGCCGCCUGCUGCUGCAGCGCAAGCCCUUCCGCCCCAGGGAGGUCGUGCUCUCCGUGCUCCACGCCCUGCAGGUGCAAGCGGCGCAGAAGCGAGUGGCCCUGGCGUGGGACAUAGCACCUGAGGUGCCGCGCACGCUCGUGGGCGACCCCGUGCGCCUGCAGCAGUGCAUCAACAACCUCGUGGGCAACGCCAUAAAGUUCACGCACAAGGGCUUCAUAGAGGUGGCCGUGCACCUCUGCUCCUCACAUGCCGCUGCCCCCACUGCCCACCCCAAGCACCUGCUCGACACAGACUCUGCACCUGCUGUGCCCGAGAGCGUGCGCAGUUAUGCUGCUGCGGACAGUGUUCAGGGUGGGCGCGAGGACGACGGGAAUGCGGGAGGGAGUAUGCAUGGAGGGGUGGGGGAUCUAGAGUCCGGUAAUUUAUGGCUAGCGGAGGGGCAGGAAAGCAUGUGCGGGGAUGGGAAGGAGAGGAGUCCGUCAAGCAGAGAGUCUGAUGGGGGUUCUCCUGGAGCAGCAGCAGCAGCAGCAGGGGGUGAGUGGGAGGCGUGUGGCAGGGCAUCUGACAUGGUGUAUGAGAGACACACAGGCGGGGAGCAAGGCGACGUGCAGCACACACAGCAGCACGACCACGCACAGUGGCAGCACCGCACUCCCACACAUGCACGCUCGCCAGCCGCUGCCCUGCCGCCUCUCUUUGUGGGAGGCAGGCCGCAGUGGCAGCAGGUAGCAGCAGUGCGCAUGGUGCCCUCGCCCCUCUUCCGCUCCUCCAGUGACCCCCAUGCCAUAGCACGCUACCUGCAAGCCAUGAGGCAGCGCCUCACAGACGUCUCUCGCCCCGCCGCCACUGCUGCCACGCCCAUGCCCGCUGUUUCCACCCCUCCUCAUCCUCCUCCCACUGCCGCCGCUCCUGCUGCCUGUACAGCAGGUGGUGCCUCCCCCAGUUACAGCCUGUCUCAGCGAUUGCUGGUAGCGGGGAAGCGAAUGGGGGGGCCGUUGGGGGCUGAGUGGGCAGGGAUGGGGGAUGUGCUGGCAGGCGGUGGCGACCGGGCAGGGGGCGCUGGUGACGUUGGUGCUGGCGGUGAAGGGGAGGGGCGGAGAGAGGAGGGGGCGCAGAGGCACGGUGAGCAGUGCCAGCAGCCCAGUGGGCCGCUGUGCACUUCCUCCUCGCCCUCCUCUCCUUGCUUCCCCGCCAACCCGCCCUCCCAUCCCACAGCGUCUGAGCGCCAGCCGCACGUGCAUCACCAGCACAGCAACACGCACUCAGGCAUUCUCUUCCACUCGCAGCCGCUGCCGCCUUUCUCUGCCCACCUGCCCUGCGCUGCUGCUGCUGCUCCCUACGCUGCUGCCAGCACAGGUGACGGCGAGGCAAGGGGCAUGCCGGUGCAGUUGAGGCAUGCUGGCCGGUGCAUGUCCGCCGGUUCUCGGGAUGCCCAUGCUGCUGCUGCUGCUGCUGCUGCUGACCACGCUGCUUCUGCUGCUGCUGCUGCUGUUUCCAGCGAAGGGAGGGCGUGGGAAGAAGGGGGAGCUGUGCAUGACAGUGCGGUGAGUGCAGGAGCAGCAACAGGUGCGGAGAGGCUUAAAAUCAGGGGGUGGUCUGCGGAGUGGGGCAGGCUGGUGAAGGGGCGCGGGGCUACUGGGCGAGUAAGGCGAGGCGAGGAAUGGGUGCCUCUGACUACUGGAUGUGGGGAAAGGAGCGAGUGGCGUGCGAGUGAUUUGAGUGGCGGCAUGGAAUUAGGGGCGAACAGGGGAGCCAAGGGCGGAUGGGGAGGCGCUGGUGCUGGAGAGGCAAGGUUGGGGGCAGCACUAGGCGGAGGUGCACCAGCAGGAGCACCAUUGACGGCAGCAGUGGCAGGCAACGCAUCAACAUCAACAUCAGCAUCAGCGUCAGCAUGGGCUUCAGCAUCAGCAUCAUCUGCAUGCCAUGGAUCGUCCACCAGCCAGCAACAGCUGCUGCGCCUCUCCUCCUGCCACGCCCUGCCUACCUCGGCGCUCAGUGCCGUUGCUGCUGCUGCUGCUGCGCCUGUGGACGCACGCGACAGUGCAGGGCACGCAGGGGACGAAGAGGAGCCGGGAGCAGCAGUGGUGCUGCGCCGCGCGUCCACAGGGACCAAGGUGAAGCGGCGCCUGGCAGGGUCCGGAGGGGCGGGCAGGGGCGCGCAGGGGUAUGUGGGAGGCCGCGUGCAGCCGUGGGGCGAGGAGGGGGCGGGGGGGCAGUCGGCGCGGUGGGAGGAGAUGCUGCGGGGGCGCGGGCGAGCAGAGGUGCUGGCGCUGGCACGGCAGCUGUGCAGCCGCGCUGGGAGCUCCAUGGAGUUCAUUGGGGGGGUCAGCGCCAUCAGACCCGACGCUGCUGGUGCCGGCGCUGGUAGUGGCUCAGGGGCGGGCGAGAGGGAGGCGGGUGUGGGCGGUGAGUGGGGUGCAGUGGCGGACAGUGGCGUGUGGCCGUCGCCUGCCAGAGAGGCCAUGAGGAGAGUGGGCACGUGGACGCGUAUUGCGAGCGCUGAUGGUGGCAGGUGCUGCCAUGCCGAUGGAUGUUUGCAUGGCGAGGCGGCGGCAGCAGCAGCACCAUCACCACCGUUGCUCACUGGCAUACCAUCAGGCCAGGCACACAGGGCGUUCACCCUACCGCCCUCGGCUGCCCACCCUGGUGCACCUGGGAGUUCAGAGUCAGCCCCACCGUCCCCGUUCCUUGGUGCUGCCGUGCCUGCAGCAGCACCUCUUGAAGGGCCCACCACCCCACUGCACUGCCCGGCACCGCUGCUCACAAUGCCGUCCCUGCCCUGCACGCACCACGCGUACACCGACUCUGCUGUCAGUGCGCUGAACCCUUCUCCUGAGGCCUGUGGCGACUCACGGAGGCAGCCCUGGGAUGCUGCACAGCAGGCAGAAGAGGACGACCAGGAAGGAGAAGACGAGGAGGAAGAGGAGGAGGAGGAGGAGGAAGAGGAGGAUGAGGAAGAAGAGGGGGAGGCGGAGGAAGUGGGGGAGGAGGUGUGGCUGCAGGUGUCGGUGCGGGACACGGGCAUCGGGAUAGAGAGGGCGGUGCAGGGCGAGAUAUUCAAGCCGUUUGUGCAGGCCGACACGUCCACCACGCGCAUCUAUGGCGGCACCGGGCUGGGCCUCAGCAUCGUGCACAAUCUGGUAUCGCUCAUGGGUGGCACGCUGCACCUGGCCAGCCAGGUCGGAGCAGGCUCAACCUUCACCUUCACUGCACGCUUCUUCUCCCUGCCCUCCACGCACCCCUCUGCACCCGCCUCCUCCAUGGCCCAACCCACUCAGCCGCACAAUGCGUGCCCUCCUGCUUGCCCACAACCCGGUGACACCUCUUGUGCCCCCUCCAGCUCCUCUUUAUUGAUCGCCUUCUCUCCUUCCCCUCCUCUCGCCUCCUCGUCGCCUCCCCACUCUCAAAUUCCUUCCGCCUCAGCCGUGACACCUCAGCCCUACUCCCCACCCCCGCCUACUAAUGCUGCUGCUGCUGCUGCCUCGAGUCAACCAGGCACACCUUGUGUCUCCACCCCUCCCUGUGUCCAUUCCUCACACACUGCCACCACCACCACCAUCACCACUGCUUCCUCUGGCCAAAUGGCCACCACCUUAAGCAAUGAGGACAGCACUGCAGGGGCUGGCCAGUCGGUGCUGGGAAAGGCAGGAGGGGGUAGGGGUAUGGACACAGCAGGCGAGGCAGGGGCGAGAAGCAGAGGUGGGGGUGCGAGCAAGGCGGCGGCGGGGGUUGGCGGGGUGGAGACGCUAUCAGGGAUGCGCAUUCUGUUAGCGGAGGACAACGUGGUGAACCAGAAGGUGGCCAUGCACCUGCUGCGCAAGGCAGGCGCUGUGGUCACGGUGGUGGGCGAUGGCAAGGCUGCUGUGGAUGCCGUGACUGCCGCCCAUGAUGCAUUCGAUGUGGUUCUCAUGGAUAUUCAGGUGGGGCUGUUACAUGUGCUCUCACUCCCCCCUUGCUCUCACUCCCCUCUUGCUCUCACUCCACCCUUGCUCUCAUUCCCCCCUUGCUCUCACUCCCCCCUUGCUCUCACUCCCCCCUUGCUCUCACUCCCCCCUUGCUCUCACUCCCCCCUUGCUCUCACUCCCCCCUUGCUCUCACUCCCCCCUUGCUCUCACUCCCCCCUUGCUCUCACUCCCCCCUUGCUCUCACUCCCCCCUUGCUCUCACUCCCCCCUUGCUCUCACUCCCCCCUUGCUCUCACUCACUCCCCUCUUGCUCUCACUCCCCCCUUGCUCACCCCCCCCUUCUCUCUUCCCCUUGCUCUCUCCCGUCCGUCCCUCUACUGCAUGUCUCCGCCCCUCGCUCACCUGUCUCUUUCUCCUCUUUCUCGCUCUAGUCAUCCGUCUCUCUGCCUGCCUCUCUCGUCCACCCUUGAUUCGUCCCGCACAAGUCACCGUGUGA